GGUCUCCUAACGCCGCCCGCGUCCCCGCUGGAGCUCCUGGAAGCCAAGCCCAAGCGCGGCCGCCGCUCCUGGCCCCGCAAGCGCACGGCCACUCACACCUGCAGCUACGCCGGCUGCGGCAAGACCUACACCAAGAGCUCGCACCUCAAGGCGCACCUGCGCACUCACACAGGCGAGAAGCCCUACCACUGUAACUGGGACGGCUGUGGUUGGAAGUUCGCGCGCUCAGACGAGCUCACGCGUCACUACCGCAAGCACACGGGCCACCGGCCUUUCCAGUGUCACCUGUGCGACCGUGCCUUCUCACGCUCGGACCACCUGGCCUUGCACAUGAAGCGACAUAUGUAACCCGGAUGUCCUGCCCACCUGCCCGUGCGCGGCCGUGGCGGGUCCCAUGUGCCGGGUGCGACACCCCCCUCUCUCCCCUUUCCAAACUGUGAUUGAUAUUUAUUGGAUCUGAGGACCGGGCUGGGCACAGUGUGGCCACGGAGGGGCUCUCCCGACGACGAUGACGACGCCACCGCCCCAGCCUCCAUGGUGACUGAAGACCCUGGUGGGAAAAGACCAUGACUCCCUCCUUGACGAGUUUUGUUUUUCAAAAUGGUGCAAUAAUUAAGUGUCGUCUUCCCUCCCACCCGGUCUGCACUAGAGGAUCGCGGCUCGGAUGCCUUGUGAACAAUUCAGCAAUAAUUUGUACUGUCUGCGACGUUUUUUAUAAUAUUGUACAUAGUGACUGUGACCGAUAUUGUAUUACUGUAAAUAGGGGACAGAGAAACGUCAUGACUGGUGUUUUUUUAAAUGACUUUCUGGCUUUUUUUUUUAAUUAAAAAGUUUUUUUUUUUUUUUAAU